AUGUCUUCAACAGUACAAAUUAAAAAAUAUGGUGCGAUGAUUGAUGAGAAUAUCGCAACUGCUGGAAAGCUUAAAAUUGAUCUGCAGACAAUACUGGAAAAGCAAGACUACGCACUUCUCGAACAUUAUCAACAUUUGAAAGCGUAUGAACCAUCAACUGUUAUGUUUGGCAUAUUAGUAAUGUUGGGACAUUUUGGGAGAAAUUCGCAAUAUUGUCAUUAUUUAACAGAUGAUGUGUUUCCAAUCAAUUUGUAUUGUGUAUUAGUGGGACCAUCAGGUAAUAAAUUGCUAGUGAAUGAUGAGAUAGACGUAUUCUUCGACCCACAAGGUGUUUAUGAUUCCACUACAAGUAAAACCGCCGGCGAUGUAGGUCUUUUAUUACAAGCCUUCGAUGGUUUUCGAAAAGGAAAACGAACCAAAAACAUGCCGACAUUGGCACAUUAUGCGAUAGUCGCACAUUUGUUUGGUGACGUUCAAUAUGAAUGGCAAAUGUCGGACGAAGAAAAACAACGUAAACAGCGAGGUUCGUGUUAUUAA